AUGGCCAAUUCCUCCUUUGUCACUGAGUUCCUAUUGCUAGGUUUCUCCAGCCUUGGGGAACUGCAACUUGUCCUCUUCGUGGUCUUUUUCUCCCUCUAUUUGAUCAUCCUGAGUGGAAACAUCACAAUCAUCUCAGUCAUCCUCCUGGAUCGCAGCCUGCACACACCCAUGUACUUUUUUCUGUGCAUUCUCUCUAUUUCUGAGACCCUCUACACCAUUGUUAUUCUACCCAAGAUGCUUAUCAACUUACUCUCUGUGCUCAGGACACUCUCCUUCCUGAGCUGUGCCACCCAGAUGUUCUUCUUCCUUGGGUUUGCUGUCACCAAUUGCCUUCUUCUGGGAGUGAUGGGCUAUGAUCGCUAUGCUGCCAUCUGCCAGCCUUUGCACUACCCCAUUCUCAUGAGAUGGAGGGUGUGUGGACAACUGGCAGUAACUUGUAUUGUUAGUGGCUUCCUGAUAUCUCUGGUGGGGACAACUUUGGUUUUUAGCCUUCCUUUCUGUGGCUCCAACAAGGUCAACCACUACUUUUGUGAUAUUUCUCCUGUCAUCCGUCUUGCCUGUGCUGAUAGCCCCAUCAAUGAACUGAUCAUUUUUAUCUGUGGGGCCUUGGUGCUUGUUGUACCCUUCAUCUUCAUUUGUGUUUCCUAUGGUUUCAUUGUUCACACCAUCCUGAGGAUUCCAUCAGCUGAAGGCAAGCGGAAAGCUUUCUCCACAUGCGCCUCUCAUCUCACUGUGGUUAUUGUCCACUAUGGUUGUGCUUCCUCUGUCUACCUGCGACCCUCAGCCAAAUACACAUCAGGCAAGGACAGGCUGGUGACAGUGACCUAUACCAUCAUCACCCCACUACUGAACCCCAUGGUAUAUAGCCUCAGGAACAAAGAUGUCCAGAUGGCUAUUUGGAAAAUGAUUGGAAAGACUGGGUUGUCUCUAAAGACAUUAUAA